AUGAAAAGACUCCGAGUCUCGUUGUAUCAAGCGAUCAAGAAACAAAUUGACACGCGAAGAAAUGGAGCACAGUUGCAAAGGAACCAUAAGUACGCGCGUUUCAUCCAGGAAUGCAUGCACAAUUUGGCAUUCCAACAAGUCAGGAACACAAAUAAAGGCAAAUAUGAUGCUGAUGAAGCAUUGGUAGUUGCUCGUUUUAUUCAACAGAUACGUGAGGGUGUCAACGGUGGUAUCGAUGGGCAAGACGGAGUCUCGUUCAUUCAGCAAUACUAUCUGAAUAAAGGACUGAAGAUAUUCAAGGAGCGAGGUAAAGACGCGGCCAUGAAAGAACUUGACCAACUGAUCAAGCGCAGUUGCUGGACACCGAUCAGUAUUGAGAAACUAAAACCGACCGAAAGAAAGAAGGCCGUAGAUGCAAUGAUGCUACUGGCCGAAAAGAAUGAUGGCGUAACAAUCAAAGGACGCUGUGUAUUCAAAGGUAACGAGACCCGGGAUUGGUUGUCUCGUGAGGACACUGCAAGUCCCACAGCUUCGCAUGAAGCUAUUAUCUGCACGGGUGUAAUUGAUGCCCAUGAAGGUAGAAACGUCAUGUCAAUGGAUAUACCUAACGCGUUUAUCCAAACAUUGAUGCCCGAGCAAGAAGAAGGAGACGAUCGAGUAAUAAUGAAAAUUACUGGGCUGCUGGUUGACUACAUGAUUGACCUAGAUCCGACGUAUUGGGAUUUUGUAGUAAUCGAAAAUGGACGUCGAGUGAUCUAUGUUGUGAUCCUCCGUGCUAGAACACGAAUGGAUAACUGCCAAUGA